AGCCAAACUUCAACCACAGUCAUUGUACUGUCUCAAAACAACUGAUAAUAUUAUAUUAUCAAAAAUAUUUUGUUUUUUAUUACUGGAUCUACUGAAAUACGGAGUACGGACUAGUUGCAAGGAGUACACCUUUGACUAGUUUAAACAAAAGAAUCCGACAUAUCUAUCUUGAUUGAUAGGCAUAAAAUCAAUUUUUUGCUUUCAUCAUUUCAGGAAUCAGUUUCAGAUUUGAUUUUUACAGAUUGAAAAAAUUUUAAAUAACAGGUGAACAAAAUGUCCAAACCUAUUACAUUCGUUACUGGAAACGCCAAAAAACUAGAAGAAGUAAUUCUAAUACUAGGAUCAGAUUUUCCUAAACAAAUAGUAAAUAAAAAACUAGACCUUCCAGAGCUACAAGGUGAAUUGAAUGAAAUUUCUAUUGGAAAAGCGAAGGAGGCCCACAGGCAAGUAAUGGGACCAGUAAUUGUAGAAGAUACAGCUUUGUGUUUCAACUCCCUAAAAGGCCUUCCAGGCCCUUACGUUAAAUGGUUCUUAGAAAAAAUGGGACCAGAAGGUUUACAUAAAAUGUUACAUGGAUUUGAAGACAAGUCAGCUCAAGCUGUUUGCACCUUCGCUUAUCACCCAGGGGGAGAAAAGGAUGAAGUGAUACUUUUUCAAGGAAGAACUGAUGGAACAAUUGUAAGCCCCAGAGGUCCCCGUGAUUUCGGGUGGGACCCUUGUUUUCAACCUAAUGGAUUCGAUCUUACCUAUGCUGAAAUGCCAAAAGAGGAGAAAAAUAAAAUAUCUCAUAGAUAUAAGGCACUUGACUUGUUGAAAAAAUAUUUUACCAAAUCUGAAAUAUAAUAGAUGAAAUGUGAAUAAGAAACAAUAAGGUUUUGGGUUUAACUUAUCCAUUUCAUACAAAAAAAUGUGGAAAAUUUCGAUAGGAAGUAAGAUAGAGCAAUAAAGUUUAAAAUAAAAA